GAACGCACUAUUCCACCUGCUGAUUUUGACUCAAUUUUUUCCAGGAGAAGAGAAUUUAUAUUGGAAAUCAAAAUCCCACGGCAACGCAAAACAUAAACAAAUCACUUCCUGAAAAUUAUAUAUUUUAAAGCUCAAGGAAAUGGAAGGCAAAGACAAUAGACACAAGGACAAGCGUUCUAGUAUGAAACACCACAAGAAAUCUUUCCAUCGCAAAAGCACUGGCAACGGAUCCUCGAGUUCACAAGUCGAAGUCAUUAGAGGAGUUAUCGAUGUUGCUGAUUCCAGUGACGAUCGUUUUACUGGACGACCAAUGCCAUGGCCCUCCAAGGAAAUAGACAGUGAAUUGGAGGUUGACAUCGAAAAUGAACAAUUGCGUGCUGCAGACUUUGAGUUGUUAACUCAGAUGCCGAACUCUGUUGGAGGUCAUUUUCAAUUCAGCUCUGAGAAAAAUUGGGACUCGGAAGACAUGCUGUUAGAGAAGACUGAAGCAAGCGAAUACUUUACUUUGGACUUGAAUCUUCUAAACGCUGGUCUUCAAACAAUUCCUUUCUAUAAGCGAUUAGAUUUUUCUUCAUCGUGGUUCUCGAAAUCUCAACUCAAAGGUAUGAACAGCGCUGCAGAAAUUGCAGAAAAACAAUACCAAAUUGUUGUAAAGGAGCAUGAAAGCAAUCAUAAGGGGAAACAAACUGAAAGCAGAAGAACUUCCAGCCGAACACAACGUAAUUCGGCUAGAGGAGUUAAUUCUCAAGCUAGUAAUGAAAAGGUGGUUAACGAUAAUGACAAAGAGUUGGAUGAACUUUUGAGCCUUACAACAAAUGAAGUGGCUAAGAUUAGCAUUAAUGAUAGGCAAGUAAGUGAGGGUAAGAAUUCAACACCACCCACUGCAAUGAGUAAUGUUAAAACGGCAGAGGGUGAAGAAAACCAUGAAGGAAUCCAGCAAUGGCUUGAUGAUGUCCUCGAAGAAUGAUCUAUGAGUCGAUUUUUUUUUUUUUUUUUUUUUUUUUUGAGAUCUAAAACGCAACCUAGGACCUUUACAGAUCAUCAAAGAGGUCACUAAUAGCGUUUUCGUUUGGUCGUCCGGGACUCUCCGGAAUUCUUCCGAACGAUUCUGAAAAUGUUCGUUUGGCACUCAAUGACAGUUCUAAUUCUGAAAAGAAGAGAAAAUCGAUUCUGAAUUUUGAGGCAGAAUCAAAACCAGAAUCACGCACACAUGUUCACACUAAAGACGUCAAAGUAAUAAAAUGUCAUUUUUUGUUGUUCAUUUCUCAAUUUUUAGAUUUUUAACUAUGCACAAACUUUAAACUAUAUUAAAAUAAAGUGAAGAAAACAAAAAAAAAAAUAGAUAACUUAAUAAUAAUAAAAAAAAUAAAAAAAAAACAAAAUUUUCAUCAGACGUUCGCAUUUGAUGUUUCACAAAUACAAAGAAACCCAAACUUCAGAAUCAAAAAAUAGUAUACAACUCUGAUCGUUUGGCAUUCCGGAUCGGACAGUCCCGGACAGUUCUAAGAAUUCCCAAACGAAAACGCUAUAAGUUAAUGUAAAAAGUUCGACUUAAGGCCGUGUGUGAAUUGCCAUAAAUAGUUAGCACCGUGUACAAUUUUGACACUAUUGGGGUGAAUAAAAAAUUUUCAGCUAGAUGGCUUUUUGUUUAAUAAUUUUUUUUUGCUAUGAAACUCCUUUUUAAUAAAAAAAAACAAAACAAAGCCAUCUGCAAACAAAAUUUAACCAGGUCCCAGUCCAAGAGCCCAAUAAAUUUUUAACGGCUGAAAAUUUUUUAUUCACCUCACUAAUGUCAAAAAUUUUACACGGUGCUCACUAUUUAACGCAAUUCACACACGGCCUUAGUUAAAUAGUUAAAUCUUGUAAAAUUUUUGACACUAGUGAGGUGAAUAAAACAUUUUCAGCUGUCAAAACAUUAAUGGCCUCUGGGAGCCGGUUAAUCGAAGUUAAA